UCUCAGGCAACGCGCUUGGAGAUCAACCGACGCGUUUUCACGUAAUGUAUUGAAAUAAUUCGGCGCGGAGUACUUUCUAUUCUCUCAGCCACAUAAUUGGUUUCUAAAAUUGUCAGUGACGGCAUGUUUUCGACCAGUCUACAUAUAAGGUCGACACUGAGAGCAGUCCAGUGAUAAAAGGAAGCGCAAAAUGUUUUGGGAGCCGAUUUGUUGACAGCCUCUUACAGCCUUGAUAUCAAAUUACAGCACUCCAUUUAUAGUAGAGUCUGCACUGAGCGGGAUAAUUACUCCAAUACCGAAAGCAGCAAAGAGUUCACAUASCGUUUCUAAGUUGACAAGUAUGACGUUCCUUUUCUACGCAGGAUUGUUGUUUGGCUUGUUCUCCGUGAGCAUGUGUUGCUCUUGUAUGACUACACAUCCACAAGGRCACUUUUGCAGAGCACAGUUUGUUAUUCGAGGAAAAAUCCUGUCAGGACCUGAAGAAAUCUUACCAUCCGAUAACCGCAUUUUACGUGGCAUCCCUCCGCAGUUUCUAACGUAUCAAGUAUAUACGUUACGUAUCACAAAGAUUUACAAAGGAUCUGCAGCGAUACGUAAGACCGGCGGUCUCCAAGUUUAUGGGAAAAAACGCAGAAGCUACAGCAUCAAGAUAUACACCCCGUCAAAGAUGAAUUCAUGUCGAGUGGACUUUGCCGUCGGAAAAGUGUAUGUAAUUACGGGAUUUAUUGGAAAAAAGAAGCUUUCCGUCUCAGGCUGUGAUUUUAGAAAGGAAUGGAGUCAAAUAACKAAGAAACAACGCUCUGGAUUUGCUCGAAAAUAUCGUGGAACUUGUAAAUGUACGCACGCGAUCUGCUACGGUGAUAGUUGCCGCAAAGCGAGAAGACAAAAGAUGGCAUGUGUUUUUGAUAUCUCAGGCGGCCCAGCAAACGAGUGCAGAGAUAAGUAUCAGCACUGUCAACCAAGAUACUAUGGGCGGAGAUGUUCUUGGACUARGAAUGCUCAAUACAGGAAUUGCAUGAAUCAAAUCCCUUGAUUGAAUCCCAAGUCCUUAUCGCAAUCUAACAUUUAAUUGUAGCUAGCUGUUUUAUGRAAGAUCGCUAAUUUGCAUUACGAUAAGAUCAAAAUCCAUCAUGGCGAUUAUCGUAGRCCAGAAGCCCAUUACUCGGAGCGUCCAUGAUAUGUGAUGGGUUUAGUCACAGAGUUCUCCUAGACGUGUCUAUUUUUAGAUUUUUGUACGACCGAUGAGCUGUCACUUUAGAUAUUUCGCGCGCGCGGGAAAUCCGAYGGAAAUCAAAAUAAUAUAAUAAACAAACGUGGCGGAGGAUAGUGAAARCGAAUUGUCUUCUAGUCUUAAUUUCUGAAGUAAUGAUAUCAAAGAAGCUACURAUGACGAGACGACUGAAGUAAAAUCUAAAAAUGGACACGUCUAUUAGAAAAUCGUGACGCUCCUAUAUAAGGACAUGGACGCUCCUAGCAAUGCACUCGUCGUGAGAAGCUCUGUUGUACAAGUGUGAAAGAAGCUAUAAGARGUUAAAUCUAUCGUUGCACGGUCACCUGAUAUUUCACUUUUAAGUCUAAACGCACAGUUCAAGAUGGUUCUGGGAACUGUAAGAUGAAGUAUGUUAAUUUUGUGAUACGUCGAACAUUUUUAUGCAGACAAAUAUCAGAGAAGGGCAAUUGCCAUUGAUCUUUUGGCGUUUUGGUGUUAUUUAGAAUACUAACUGAUGUUAGGUAGUAGUUUUUUCUCUCUCUCCCUUUCGAAAAUGCAGAUUAUUGGUAUGAUAUACUCGAGUGAUUUGAUGAGUCAGGACUUAGUCAGACGUCGUAUUCAGUCCCCGUGCACAUACAAAUACUAUUUCGUAAUUUUACCUCUUAAGCACAUUAGAAAUUCGACGUUGAAAAUCGGGUCUUCAUAGUGGAAGAAAAUUGUCAUAAUUUUGUAAAUAAAGAACAUUUUCGUUUA